CUGUCUGACUGCCCCCCCGCUCCCUCUCCUCCCCCGCGCGCCUGACGGGCAUGGCCCACGUGCAGCUCUCGGCCGUCGCCGGCGGCCGGCCGGCGGCGGCGGGCGGGCGCGGCGACGACAUGGAGGACGUCGCGCUGCUGGACUCCUACGACGAGGAGAUGGGGAUGCCCCCGCCACCGGGCGGAGCGGCCGCGGAGGAGGAGGCCGCGGCGGAGGCGCACGUGCGCGUCACGGGCAUGACGUGCUCCGCCUGCACAAGCGCCGUCGAGGCGGCCGUCUCCGCGCGCCGGGGCGUGCGGCGCGUCGCCGUGUCGCUGCUCCAGAACCGCGCCCACGUCGUGUUCGACCCCGCGCUCGCCAAGGUAGAGGAUAUAAUUGAAGCUAUAGAAGAUGCCGGAUUUGAAGCAGAAAUUAUCCCUGAUUCUGCUGUCUCUCAGCCUAAAUCACAGAAGACUUUAUCAGCGCAGUUCAGGAUAGGUGGAAUGACAUGUGCUAAUUGUGUGAACUCGGUUGAGGGUAUCUUAAAAAACUUACCUGGUGUUAAAGGAGCAGUUGUUGCCUUGGCAACCUCAUUGGGGGAAGUUGAGUAUGUUCCUUCUGCCAUUAGCAAGGAUGAAAUUGUUCAGGCCAUUGAGGAUGCCGGUUUUGAAGCAGCAUUCCUGCAGAGUAGCGAGCAAGAUAAGAUUUUGCUGGGACUGAUUGGCUUGCACACAGAGAGGGAUGUAGAAGUAUUACAUGAUAUUCUUAAGAAAAUGGAUGGUUUGCGACAGUUUGAUGUAAAUACUGUCCUCUCAGAAGUUGAGAUUGUAUUUGAUCCAGAAGCUGUUGGUCUGAGAUCAAUUGUAGAUACAAUUGAGAUGGGAAGCAACGGGUGGUUGAAAGCACAUGUUCAGAAUCCAUACACUCGAGGGGCUUCAAAUGAUGCACAGGAGGCCUCCAAAAUGCUAAAUCUUCUCCGCUCUAGCUUGUUCCUUAGUAUUCCUGUAUUUUUCAUACGUAUGGUUUGCCCCAGUAUACCUUUCCUUAGUACAUUACUAAGCAUGCAUUGCGGACCGUUUCUUAUGGGGGAUUUGCUAAAGUGGAUAUUGGUAAGCAUUGUACAGUUUGUUGUUGGGAAACGGUUCUAUGUUGCGGCUUAUAGGGCGUUGAGGCAUGGCUCGACAAACAUGGAUGUGCUAGUGGUUCUUGGCACCACUGCAUCAUACGUAUACUCUGUUUGUGCACUACUCUACGGAGCAUUUACUGGAUUUCGGCCUCCCGUAUAUUUUGAAACAAGUGCAAUGAUAAUUACAUUCGUGUUGUUUGGGAAGUAUCUUGAGGUGCUUGCAAAAGGGAAGACAUCAGAUGCUAUUAAGAAGCUUGUAGAACUGGUCCCUUCUACUGCUCUUUUGGUUCUGAAGGACAAAGAAGGAAAGCAUGUUGGGGAGAGGGAGAUUGAUGCACUGUUGGUCCAACCUGGUGAUGUCUUAAAAGUGCUUCCUGGAUCAAAGGUUCCGGCUGAUGGUGUUGUCGUUUGGGGAACAAGUCAUGUGAAUGAAAGUAUGAUAACUGGUGAAUCAGCGCCCGUCCCUAAAGAAGUAUCUAGUGUGGUAAUUGGGGGGACAAUAAACUUACAUGGCAUCCUUCAUAUACAAGCAACAAAAGUGGGAUCUGGGACAGUUUUGAGUCAGAUAAUCUCUCUGGUUGAAACUGCUCAGAUGUCCAAAGCACCUAUUCAGAAAUUUGCCGAUUAUGUGGCUAGCAUUUUUGUUCCAAUUGUCAUCACAUUGUCUAUAGUAACAUUUUCUGUGUGGUUCUUGUGUGGAUGGUUGGGUGCAUAUCCAAAUUCAUGGGUUGCUGAAAAUAGCAAUUGCUUUGUUUUCUCUCUCAUGUUUGCCAUAUCUGUUGUGGUGAUUGCUUGUCCUUGUGCUCUUGGUUUGGCAACACCAACUGCUGUGAUGGUGGCAACUGGAAUUGGGGCUAAUCAUGGAGUUCUUGUAAAAGGUGGAGAUGCGUUGGAGAGGGCUCAAAAUGUAAAUUAUGUGGUGUUUGAUAAAACAGGGACACUAACACAAGGAAAGGCUGUUGUAACAACUGCAAAGGUUUUCUCAGGAAUGGACCUAGGAGAUUUCCUCACACUGGUUGCAUCCGCAGAGGCAAGCAGUGAGCAUCCUCUUGCCAGAGCUGUUUUGGACUAUGCAUUUCAUUUCCAUUUCUUUGGCAAGCUUCCUUCAUCAAAAGAUGGCAUUGAGCAACGAAAAGAUGAGGUACUGUCUCAGUGGCUGCUUGAGGCUGAAGACUUCUCUGCAGUACCUGGCAAAGGAGUUCAAUGCUCAAUCAAAGGGAAACAUGUUUUGGUCGGAAACCGUACUUUGAUUACUGAAAAUGGCGUAACCAUUCCCCCAGAAGCCGAAAGUUUCUUGGUAGACCUAGAAUCGAAUGCAAAAACAGGCAUUCUUGUGGCAUAUGAUGGCGAUUUUGUGGGGCUGAUGGGUAUUACUGACCCACUGAAAAGGGAGGCUGCUGUUGUAGUGGAAGGACUAAAAAAGUUGGGUGUCCAUCCAGUGAUGCUCACAGGGGAUAACUGGAGAACCGCCCAAGCAGUUGCAAAAGAGGUUGGUAUCGAGGACGUGAGAGCAGAGGUCAUGCCAGCCGGAAAAGCCGACGUCGUUCGCUCCCUCCAAAAGGACGGGAGCAUCGUCGCCAUGGUUGGGGACGGCAUCAACGACUCCCCGGCCCUGGCAGCGGCCGACGUCGGGAUGGCCAUCGGCGGGGGCACGGACAUCGCCAUCGAGGCGGCGGACUAUGUGCUGGUGCGGAACAACCUGGAGGACGUGAUCACCGCGAUCGACCUCUCCCGGAAGACGUUCAGCCGGAUCCGGUGGAACUACUUCUUCGCGAUGGCCUACAACGUGGUCGCCAUCCCGGUCGCCGCGGGCGCGCUGUUCCCGUUCACCGGGCUCCAGAUGCCGCCGUGGCUGGCCGGCGCCUGCAUGGCCUUCUCGUCCGUGAGCGUGGUGUGCUCGUCGCUGCUGCUGAGGAGGUACAGGAAACCCAGGCUGACCACCGUGCUGCAGAUAACUGUAGAGUGAUUGAUGAUGUGAGUUGUGAAUACUACAGUAGCUCCCUUAACCGUCUUACGGAAAUGAAAUGGAAGUUGCGGCGGAAACGGCGCCCUUUGUAAAUUGUAGAUUUUUGGUGGGUUCUGCUGGUUGUCAUCAUAGCCUUGUCAAGUUUUGUUACCAUCCUGUUGGUAAUUUUGGGCUGUUAUUAGAGGCACCACGGUAAAUUCUCAUUCGUAAUUGUAAAUCGGUUUUUGCCCAAAAGCAAUUGUAAAUCAGUCUGCCCCGUUUUGCUGCAGUACGGGAUUCCCGGAAAAUUGAUUGAUAAA